AGAGUUCAGAAAUGGUUACUGCAUAGCUACCUCUGAAGAGUUGGGUGUCUGCCAUACAGACAUUAAUCAUCUCAGGUUAUUGUCAUCAGUACAGUACAGAGUAGUUAUAGAUCGACCUUUUAUAUUUACAAUAAUUAUUAUUUAAAUAAUUAAAAAUAGUAAUGUGUUUAAGUAAGCAAUAACAUAUUUUUAAUUCUGGAGUGGAUUAGGUAUAAUUUAGCCAACUGGAGACAGCAACAGGGGAUUCAUUAGUUUGUGGGAGACCGCAACUUCACAUAUGGGGCAGUCUGAAUUUUUUUGCCAUUUUUCAGACAAAAAAGUGCAUCUUAUGAUACGACAACUUUAUAUUUUAAAUAUAAGUACUGUAUUUAUUUUAUUUUAUUUUAUUUAUUCUCUAUCUACGAUCUUAAAUCACCUCUAGUGGGCAGGGCAUGAAGGAUGAGCGAUAUUGUGGGGUAAAACACGCUGAAAACGCGAUCAUAUGACACUAAAAUGCUGUCUUUACAGGCAUAGCACUCCAAAAAAUCUGCCAUGUUGGGGUGUAUUGUCGUCCGCUCUUUGUUUGUUUCCAUGCAACAACCGACCCAUUUCGCCAGAGUGCUCUCACAUUCACCAAAAAAUUUAGAUUACACCAUGCCGCUUCAAGAGAUCUGCUUUCAUUGGUACCAGAUAUCAAAGUACAACCCAACCCACUUCAGUAUAUAGGCGAGGAAUCACCAAAACCACUGGAUCUCUCCAUACCUAGUGAUGAAGGAAUGACUGCCAACUUGGAGUAUUUAAUCCCAAUCUGCACAAGUAAUUGCAUGACACUAUCCUUCAGAUUUCAUUGAUGAAAACCAGUUUAAACUUGAGCUGUUGAUGAUAGGAGCAGUUCAUCUUAUAAAGAUCUUGCAGUCUGAUUUAUAUCCAAGAUGCCAGUUGUCAAUCCAGCAGAAAGUCUGCUCAAGCUUUCUCUUCAAGCUGUCUGCAGUAAUGUAAAGGUGAUGGUUACCAGAGCUGCCGACUUUACUGAAUCUGCUGAUGCUGUUUUACAGGUGGCAGAGGAACAAGUCCAUAAGUUACUUCUGAGCCAGACACAAAAUAGGUAUGGUCAAGAUACCUAUGAUAAUGUUGAAAAAAGAGGUUCUAGUGCUUCUAUAAAAUUCAAAAAUAUACAAGAUUUGUUUAAGAAGCAUAAUAACUCAACUGAAAUUAUCAGUAAAUACCUAGAAAACUUACCUGCAGCAUUUUUAAAUGAAGUUUUUAAAAGGACACUUAUAUUAGUUGCAGGUAUUAUUGUAUAUGAUGAAGAACAGAUUGAAAACUAUAUGGCAGACAAAUGGUCAUUUGUUCCAAGAGUGAAAGUGGCUUUUCAUUUUCUUAUGAAAAGCAUGUUAUUCCCAAGUGUUUCAUCUUUGGAUAUUAGCCCAAUUACAACUGCAUUUUUUCAAGUUUUUGCUCAGUACCUUAUGAAACAUGACACUGUUAAAGAGGAUAUAUUAGUUAAGUUAUUGAAUAACAAGGAGAAAGACAUAUUUUUAAGUACAAUUAUUACUUAUAAAAAGAGAUUGACAAAUCUUACAAGUUUAAGUUUCCAGAAUUUGGCACAUGGGGAAUUAGUAUGGCUUAUUUCUUGUCAAUGCCCUAACCUGUGGCAUUUAGAUCUUAGUGGUGGGCUUUUUGAUUUGCAAAGGUACUGUGUAACAGAAAUGAGUGGAGGUCAGCAUGUGACAGCAGUGAAUACGAAUGGAACAAGAAAUUAUCAAGAAGCCGAUUUUGUUGGUGCAAUAUGUGGCUUGUAUGGUAAUCAUGGUUUUCAACACACAAUUUAUGAUGGCAUUGCACAGGGUUGUCUUAACCUUAAAACACUACUACUCCCAGAAUGCAAAUGGGAGAAACAUGAGGAGGAUGCUCUGUUGGAUGGGAUAAAAGAGCUUCUUCUGCAUGCUCCAUACAUAGAGGAAAUAACAGGAAUUUGUUUGAUUUAUAUCUUAUGCAAAUUGAAUGAGUUAGAGUAUCCUCCUAUUUUGUUAAAGUUAAAGAAAUUUAAUGGUAAAACUGGAGGUCACAAUUUGGUUGGUGUUGCUCCCAGAAGGUUAAAAAAGGUUCAGUUACCUUUUGUAACUGAGGUAAUCAUGAGUCUUAAUGUUUUCAUGCCUUCAGUUACACUUGAAAUUUUUCCGAAUAUGAGGCAUCUCACUGUGACUCCUUAUGAUUAUCGCUCCUAUAACUUUGAUGAUAUUCUGCCAUAUUUGACAAAUCUUCAUACCCUUAAUAUGGAGUUGACACAUGAAGUGUCAAUUUCUAACAUAUGUGAUAUUGCAGAGAAUUGCAAGUUAAUUGAAUCCUUAACAUUAACUUGUCCAGCACUUCGGAUGCAAGCAGUAGAUAUCAAUGAGGACCUGAUUGCUAUAGAAGAGCCAGAAAGAAACUCCCCCUCACCAUUACUGAUAAAGAACAUUCCAGGUAAAAAGAUGAAUGAACCUCAGGAAUCCUUACAUAUACUGAGGUCAUUUCCAGAGUAUCAAGCUCUGUUGAAGAUUGAUCCUGCACCAUAUGAAAAAGAUAACAGCCAAAUACCUAAUUUCCUACGACUUCAUACACUACAGUUUUUUGGCAUUCGUAGUGUUGAAGCUGCAGCUUUGUACAAGUGUAUCAAGGAGCCCAUAGUUCAGACGUUAACAUUUGUGGCACAAGAGAUAGGUGAUGACUGCAGAAUAGAACUAAAUGAUGAUUUUGUAGGAAGGAUUGCUCCCUUGUUGAAAAAACUGAGAAACUUAAAAAUUUUUGCUGAAGAUGAUCAGAAACACAUUAUUCCAAUAGCAAACUUGACUUCUCUGGGGAUUGAACAUAUACUAAGAUUCUGCUUUGACAUUCGAUCGAUUGGCAAUAUGGCUAGUUGGAAUUUAACUGCUGAUGGGGUCAAAAUCCUGAACAAUAUUUUCAAGAAAGAUAAUUAUAUUUUUAAGGUCUAUUGAGGUUAUGACUGGUUUGUUAUCAAAAUCAAAUACAUAAUCAAGUUGCUGAAUGAAAUUGUGGGGUUGAAGUACCAGGGUACGGUACCAAAUUAUGCCUCAGAAUUUUUAGAGAUGAUCUGAUAUGUACAAUCUUGUAAAAUGUUCUUCUCAGAAUAAAAUAACUGUUUACCCAAGUGUGAA